AUGGGCUGGACUGUGUGUAAUGCCACGGAGGAGCAUGAGAAAAUCUCCGAGACCGCCCUCUGGGAUGGCGGCGUCACAUUUCACAACCUGAGCCUGAUCGUGGGUGGUGUAUGUGCUUUGCUGGCCUGUAUCAUCUCCAUCAUCCUUAUUAUGACACAUGCCAUGCACUACAGCAAAGCGAUCGAGCAGCGCCAUAUUAUCCGCAUUCUAUGGAUGGUUCCUAUAUAUUCGAUCGUCGCAUGGCUCAGCAUCCUAUUCUAUAACGAUUCGGUCUAUUUCGAGGUCAUAGGUGAUUGUUACGAAGCGUUCGCCAUUGCCUCUUUCUUUUCCCUCAUGUGCUCCUAUAUCGCACCCGAUUUGCAUAGCCAGAAGGACUAUUUCCGCGGUAUCACACCCAAGCCGUGGGUUUGGCCUUUAAAUUGGUUCCAGAAGUGGGCAUGGUGUGGCGCAAGUCGUGGGGCGUGGCGGAAUCCACGUAGCGGCUUGACAUGGUUCAAUGUUAUUUGGGCUGGUGUUUUUCAAUACUGUCUGAUGCGCGUGUUGAUGACCAUUGUCGCGGUUGCCACUCAAGCUACUGGGAGAUAUUGUGAAGAAACGCUCAGUCCUGCUUUUGCGUACAUUUGGGUUCUCGUUAUUGAAUCCAUUAGUGUCACCAUUGCGAUGUACUGCUUGAUUCAAUUCUACAUUCAGAUCAAGGAUGAUAUCAAGGAGCACAAUCCUUUCUUGAAGAUCCUCUCGAUCAAGCUGGUGAUCUUCCUUUCUUUCUGGCAAUCGGAAGUCAUUAGUUUGCUCAUGUCCAGUGGCGCUGUCAAAGCAUCGAAGAAGGUCAACUUAAUAGAUCUUAAGUACAGUCUGCCAGAGCUUUUGAUUAACAUUGAAAUGUUCUUUUUCGCCAUUUUGCACUUAUGGGCUUUCCCGAAGAAACCCUACGUCAUCGCCAGCCAAAGUGCCGAGGUGACCGAUUUCUAUGGCGCUGGCAAGGGAUCUUACGAAGGAGGACGAUGGGGUUUCAAGGCUCUAGCCGACGCAAUGAACCCACUCGACCUAUUAAAAGCCGUCGGCCGCAGUGCACGCUGGCUUUUUGUCGGCCGCAAAACCCGCACCCUGGAUCCCAGUUACCACCAGUCCACAGUUUCGACGGAUGCCAUCGGCCUGCAACCCCCAGAAUCAGGAGUCGUUCAAGGAACCGCCUACCAGGGUGCCACAGCCAUGGCUGGUGGACGGACGGACCGCUAUGGUGCUUCGCCUUCACCGGACGAAGAAGGCGCUGUGCUUCUCGCUCACGCUCAAGCAAAUCCGGAGGUUGCUCCUAUGGGUACUUCGCCUUAUGCCUCAGACGCAGAGGAGUACCUCGCUGGACACUCAGGAAGCCGUUACUACGGCCAGGAGAGCUCUCCUUCACCAUACUUCCCGCCUGAAAUUCCCGACACUACUUAUGACCCACAUCCUGCAGUCCAGAACCCCUAUGCAUCCCCUAACCCUUACGCCGCCCCACACCCUUACCCAGUCGAUGGCCCGCUUCGUGAGCAGGUCCCCAUGCCUAUCCCGGAUCCAUAUAGACCUCCACCACCAUAUCCAGAAAGUCAUCAUGCACCAUGA